UGACGCUGCACGUAGGCAACCCAUGAUUGCAGACUCAACACGCAUCCUCACACCACUGACCUGGGCUAAGCUGUGUCCUGCAUGUGUGUGCAUGUGUGUGUGUGCAUGCGUGAGCGGGAGUGUGAGUGAUCCCCAGAAACCAGCAGCGGGAUGGAGGAUCUCAAGGAGAAUCUGGGAACUUUGGAUUGACGCCCGGGGAUAACGCGCGGACGGCCUGAACCUCAUCGGGUUUCACUUGGAUUUAUAUAUUUGGAUGUUGUCUGUUUCCCCCUUUUCCCUUUUUCAUCUAGGCAGUGGGAAUUUACACUUGGCUUACAACUAUUAUUUCUGGCGUGCAAAAUGCCAUUUGCCAAAAGGAUUGUGGAGCCGCAGCUUCUGUGCAGGCACCAGAUCCCAAACGAUGAAGCUCUGCUUUUCGAGGACCUGUGUACCAUCAGUAACGUGGUUCUGUCCCGGACCUUGCGACAGCUGUCCGACCUGGCCCGGCACGCCUGCUCCUUAUUUCAGGAGCUGGAAAACGACAUCAUUAGCACCAACCAGCGGGUCUGGGUCCUCCAGAACAAAAUAGGCCAGAUACAGCAGACUGCCAGUGCCCUAGACCCUAAAAAGGAGGCAGUGCCGGUGUCAAACCUGGACAUAGAGAGCAAGCUGUUGCUUCACUAUCAGGCUCCAUGGCACCAGCAACACAACGUGUUUCAUCCUUGUACCCGACCACCAUGCCUGGAGGAGCUGCACAGAAGCGCUCAGCUCAAUCUCAGAGCCCUGCACAGAGACGAACAACAGCGCCCCCGGUCCACGAGUCGGGAGAGAAACAGGGUGACCAUCUCUAUCUCAGUGGCGCCCCCUAUGCCCACCUUCCCCUCACCACACAGCAUCCGCCGACAACAGAGGAGUCGCCUGGCACGAGCGCAAGAGAGAGCAGAGAGGGAGCGCGAGUUAGACUAUCAACCCAGGAAGGAGAGGACAGUGAGAGAAACAGAGAUCCAGACCGUACAGAGAAAAGAGAGGCCCGGGAGGGAAGCAGAUGUUCAGACGAUCCAAAGAAAGUUUGAGUGCUUUUACUCACUUCCCCCUAUUGAAGGUUGCAUCUUUAUUCCAUGGAAUAGAAAGGCUACUUCGACAGGGGAAGGUGAAGGUGGUGAGGUCCUGGUAGGCCACAGACCCAAGGCCUCAGCCCCCAACGCCCCAUCGACCCAGGACAAACAGACAAACUGGUCCAAGCAAAACCUCCCACCAUCAGAUCAGAAGUCAACUGCCGAUUCUCACUCCGUCUCCUCCUGCAUCAUCCCCAUCAACGUCACAGGAGUUGGGUUUGACAGGGAAGCAAGUGCUCGUUGCUCUCUAGUCCAUUCCCAGUCGGUUCUUCAGAGGAGAAGGAAGCUGAGGAGGAGGAAGACUAUCACAGGAAUACCCAAAAGAGUACAACAGGACAUGGACUCAGAUGAAUCACCCGUAGCAAGAGAGCGCACUGUGAUUGUCCAUGCCAACUCGCACCAACUCUCUCUCUGUCAGGAAGACCUCUUAAUCAGUGGUCACCUCCAUCACACUCGUGACUCUGGCUGCCAAACAGAUGAUUUCCUUAUACCAUGUACAGCUGCUCCCUCCAGAAGACGCAUCAGAGCCCAACGUGGCCAUCAGGGAAUCCCUGCCUCUCUCUCCCAUUCAACAGGCAACAUUUCUUCCCUGGGUGACCAGUCAGAUUCCACAUACACCAGUGCUGCAGGCCAUGGUGGACGGUUGCGUUCUCGUAGCCUUCCUCGAGAGGGUGGACGUCUGAUGGACAGUGAUGAGGAUGACGAUGACAAUUAUGAUGAUGACGAUGAAGACGAGGAUUUGUCACCAUAUGAAGCAGAGGACUUCAUUCCACCUGGUCCUAGUCCCAGAAUGAAGAUGAUGAUGAUGAAAGAUGAAGAAGAGAGCACAGAUGACCAGGCAGCGCCUGAGCCACUGCAACUUGGAAGCCUGAAAAGGUUGCAGCGAUCUGGGGAUAGAGACAGAGGAGGUGGUGGAGGAGGGAACCCAGAGCACAGCUGGAUGGAGAGGGGCCGUUCUCGCUUGCCCCGCAAGGCUGAUAUGGGCAGCUGUGAGAUCUCAUCGAGUUCAGAUACUUUUAGCAGCCCUAUUCACUCUGUUUCUACAACAGGAGUCCUAGGCAGCCAUGUGGACCACAAGGAGGACCACCAGUCAUCAAGUGGGAACUGGAGUGGUUCCAGCUCCACAUGCCCCUCUCAGACAUCUGAAACCAUCCCCCCGCCUUCUUCUCCACCCCUGACAGGCUCCUCCCACUGCGACUCAGAGCUGUCACUCAACACUGUGCCCAAUGCCAUUGAUGAGGGAUUCUCUCUGGAUCCCUCAUACCACUCAGACCUUAGACCUCAGGGCCAGGGCCACAGGUCAAGCUCGUUCACAUCCUCAGCAACAGACCAGCUGGACGAUGCAGGGGUCAGUACAGCCAGUGAGGGGGAGUGGACAUACCCUCCAGAUCAAGACCAGACUGAUCCAGAUCAUGACCCUGAACAAACCCAAAAUCUAAACCAGAGCCAUGGGUUAGCGCAGGAGUACAGCUCCAAACAAGGUCUACAAGACCAACCCUGUUUUGGUGACAAGACCAGCAACACUGAAAAAGAGGCUAGCUCUUAUUACCCAUCUGAUACAGAGGGUUUCUACUCCUCUAAUCUGCAUUUUGGAGAGUGUAAUCAGAGUUACAGAGGAUACAUGUAUAACUAUGCAGACCCAGGGCAUGACUAUGGCCAAUCCAACACUGUGGCAGCACCACUAUCACAUGGAGUUUACUCCCAGCCCUCAGCUGACUUCAGAGCAGGUACUAUGACCCUGGGAAGGACCUGUCGUCCGCUAAGGAAACCAAAAGUCAAACCUCCACCACCCAAACGGACCUCCUCACUGAAAAACACCUGUAGUGGAGUUGAUGUUGGAACAGACACACAGGCAGAUCAGGAUUCACCAAAGAUGGUUAGUGAACAAGAGCUUACCUUGUCUUCCACAGAUAUGAAGCUGGAACUGGAGCUAGAGCUUGGAGGUGCUCCAGAACCAUUACAGACAUCCUGUCUAGUGGCAGAGCCUUUGGGAACUUGGGGAAGGGGACUGGGUGAAACCGUGGACAUAGUAGAGCCCAUGUCCUUCAGCUCUGCAGAUACACACUCGUUUAAGGAUGAAGGCGCUGUGCAAUCUGACUAUGCAGACCUGUGGCUUCACAACACUGAGCUUAAAUCCAACAAUGGUGAGUACAUGUCUAUGUCCAACUCAAGCACAGCUACAGGCACUACCGUCAUGGAGUGUAUCAAGUCACCAGACAGCUCUUCCUCCUCCUCAGAAACACAAACCCAGGUCCUUGUCCAGGCUUCAGAGACCAGGGCAACAACUUCACCUCUCCCACCUGGAGACUUCAAACUUGGGUCACCUGAAAAGCUGGCUGGCCUGGCUUCCCCAUCAAGUGGCUAUUCCAGCCAAUCAGAGACUCCAACAUCAACCUUGCCCUCAUCUUCGGCAGCAUUCUUCCCAGGACCACUGUCUCCCUCAACUGGCAAGCGAAAGCCUAAAGUGCCCGAGAGGAAAUCUUCUCUUUCUUCCUUGCAGCACUUCCCUAGAGAUGGAGCUUCCAUUUCCUCUGGCUAUAAAAGAGACCCAGACUUCCCACCUCCACCUUCUCAACUUGAUCUCAAUGUUCUUCAUGGUGGUUAUGUCAGACACACGCUAUCCCACCGAACACACCACAUGCACACGCUCCACCACAGCAAACACAGAGUUGCAAAUGUUUUAGCCACUGGAACAAAGUUGUUGGCCCCUGAGGCAUCAAAUGCCAACCCACCUCCAAGCUCAAACUCUGCUCUAAUAAUUCCCAGCUCCAAUCUAUUGGUGAUAACUCCAUCUGCUCUUCGUUCAGUGCAGCUCCAUCCUAUUAGCCAAUCUAGAGACCGUGCUACAUCUGCAGACCAGGAAACAGCAAGUUGUGGAGAGACCGCUACAAGACCCAAAUGUCCUCCUAGUGGUUCUACUCUGGCUCCACCCCCUAUUAACACAAGGCCUCUCCCUCCUCGCAGACCACCUCCAAGACCCCCAGCUCAUGACCACACUUCCUCCCCUGAACACUUACAACCCCCUCUUCCUGGCCGCCAUCCUGAUGGGCCUCCAUCCUAUGAAAGCCUGCUACUCAGACAGGAUCGCUAUGGUCUAGGAACUUUCUGGGCUAUGACGGCUUUCAGGACCCGGGUGGACCCAUCAUCAGAACUCUUAGAGGACAGCUCACCUCUGCAUCGCCCCGUGCCACGUGCCCCCCACCCUUCGCCUGUGGAUCUACACACACAUAUCCACUCACACACAGAGUUCAGAGGGCUCACACAUUCUGCUCAUGCACACCCUGAGUUUAGGGUUUUGGGGGAGCGCUCGUUCUCCCAGGAAGAUGAUGAUGAUGAAGAUGAGGAGGAGGAAGAGGAAGAGCAAGUGAAAGAGCCACCAAGGGCUGCAUGUUCCAGAGGAGGCAUGCGAUUGGACCACCCUCCUCCCCCAGCAUAUGAAUUUGCUGGGGUAUCCCAUUCAGACUCAGGGCCCUGGGCUAGUCCAGUCAAAGUGCCUGGUACCACAAUGGAGACAUCGCAUCCUUACCUAAUCAGCGAUGCAAGGAGAGGAUAUGAAGAGCAGGAAGAAGAGGAGGAAGUGACAUCAGGUGCUACCAGAAGUGCCCAUCAGCAGCAGCCACAGGAGAGCAAAGAUGACUCCACCACUCCCGACACUGAGGAUUACUUCAGUAAAGGGAUGUUUUGUGCGGCAGAUUCUACGCCCAGUGACAAUUCGCUCUCCCCUCUGAUGGAUGACACCAAAGUGGAUGAUGACAUUAUCAUCACAUCACCCAACAAGACCCGUACAACUGAGGACCUGUUUGCCAUGAUACACAGAUCAAAGAGAAAGGUCCUGGGCCGUAAAGAUUCAGGAGACUUAAAUGCAAAGUCUCGUCUCUGCCCUGCAGCACCUGUGACCCCUGUCUCCACUGUCAUUAUCCCACCAGCUCCUCCUCUCAUCAUCCCAGCCCCCUUAGCCACUGCUGCCGGUUCACAACGAGCCCCUGUGCCAAUCUACCGCAGCGCCAAGAAAUCCAGUACAUCCAACGAGGAGUUUAAACUCCUGUUGCUGAAGAAAGGUAGCAGGUCUGAUUCCAGCUACCGCAUGUCCGCUACAGAGAUUCUGAAGAGCCCUAUCACCCCUAAAACCCCAGGGGACCCCCUUCAGGAAGGGGCCAUUAGACAGGCUGAGGAGCUAUCCUCUACACUCCAAGAACCCCACAUUUCUGGCCUUGACCCAAUCCAGAUACCAGGCCUUUUUCCCAGAGCCAACUCUGAGAGUUUCACCCCCAAAACCAUGCCUAUGUCAGCUGCAUCUCGACAGGGACGUUCUCGGAUCCCCCCUGUAGCCAACAGCAGUCGCUACAGCACACGCAGCCGCCUCUACACGGCCCCCAUGCAAGCCAUUUCUGAAGGGGAGACAGAGAACUCAGAUGGGAGCCCCCAUGAUGAUAGAUCAUCCUAAACCCACCUGAUGAGCGAUUUCUAUUGUUAUGUGUCAUACAUUUGAAAUUGGCUCAUCUACUUUUCUAAUCUUGGAUAGGUGUGUCAUCAAGGCCAUUAGUGGAGUUAUUGUGACCUACAAAAUCUGACCGUUUUGCACCCAGUUUUGGAUCUACUAUUCUAUUUAAGGGUGUCAGAGUGUUGUGAGAUACUGAAUGAUAAAGGGAUUAUGAAAACUUUGAGGAUAUAUGUACCUAAAUAAUCAAAAGAAUAGCUCACUCAUAUUUAAAAGAGGCAGACUUAAGACCUAUUUUGAUCAAUGUCUUUUUUU